AUGAAUGCUCCAAGUUGUUCAUCAAGCAGAGAUUGUCAUUGCCAUGACGGAAAACACCCCUACUGCUCAGGACACACCCAUACUUGUCAUUGUUACGACUGCACCUCAGACAGCCAUUGUCAAUGCCAAGCAGGAGCAACUGGAAAGUGUUCAAGGGACCACAACCACCAUCAAUACUGCCAUUGUCAGGCUCAAAGUACCACUUCAAUCACCACUACUCUUCCAUUGGUGCAAUUAAAAUGUAGCAACCACAAGAUCAGUGUCAUCGAAUCCAUCGCAGAAAAUAUACAUGUGGAGGACAUCAGAGCAUCACUGUGUCCCAGUAAUAAUAAACACCAGUCGUCUGAGGCCUACGUCAUCCAUAAAUGUAAUUCCACGGAAAGGACCUCCUGGAUGCGAGGUUUAUCGGUAUACUCUUCAUGUAAAUCAAUUUUACCAUACACACCUAUUUCCACGUUCUUUGACAAAAGCACAAAUAUGGCGGGAUUUUUCAUCGACUGUACAGAAACGGGGACAGAAUUCAAGCUUAAGAUUGCGGCCCAGACGUGUACUGAUGCUCCGAUGAUAUUGACAUUAGAUGAGACGACUACUCCUCGUGUAUCAGAUUUCUAUACAAUAAACCAACAUCUGUAGCAAUAUUGAAUUUACGUUGUUUGUGAACCCUCACUCGUGCGUUGAGUUGAUUUGUCUGUCCCAAAUUGAAGAUUUACAAUUCAUACUAAUAUUUGGUUUGAAAACUUUCCCCUCUUUUUUAAAAGUGUAAUCUGUUCGCCCUCCUGAAUGAACUCACAAGUUCCACAUCGGGGUCACCACACUU